CUCGCAUAAUGAAAACAUCUCUAUUGAAAUAACAAUGAAGAAAGUUUUGAUAGCUAUGGAUGGUAGCAAAGAGUCUGUGUAUGCUUUCAAUCAAUACGUUGAAAAAAUACACAACACAAACAACUACGUGAUAUGUGCUCACUGUGCCGAAUACAAAGAGGCGGAUCCUGGAGUUCUCUCCAUUGCACAAGUCGGUUACGAUGUUAUUGAAGGAUUGUUAGAGGAAGACGAAAAGCGUAUACUGUCAAUUUUGGACAAUAUAGAGAGCUUGCUCAUAUCCAACCAGGUAGAAGGAGAGGUGGUCAGGCUGGAAGGUGAUCCCAAAAACGCAAUCAUUUCAAAAGCGACAGAAGUAAACGCAAUCAUGAUAGUGAUUGGGUCACGUGGGCUUGGAAAAAUCAGACGCACGCUUUUCGGAAGCGUCAGUAACUUUGUAAUUCAUCAUUCUCCUGUGCCCGUGGCCACUUGUAAAUACGAAAUAUGAUUUA